GUACCACCUGCACCAACCCCACCGCCACUGUCUAUGUGGCCGGCCGAGGGGGGUCUCCUCACACCCGGCUGCGGCAAUCAAAGGCCCCGCCCUCACCACCUUCCCCAUCUUUCCCCACCCGGCUCUCUUUUGUCCCAGGUACCACCGCCCCCUGCACCAAGCCCACUGCCAUUGUUUAUGUGGCGGAGGGGGGUCUCCUCACACCCUGCUGCAGCCAGAGCCACCAUCUUUCCCACAUCGUUCCCACAUCUUUCCCACAUCUUUCCCACAUCCUUCCCCUCCCAAAGCCCCCUUGCCCCACCCCAGGUACUACCACCUGUACCAAGCCCACCACCACUGUCUAUGUGGCCCAGGGGGGCCUCCUCACACCCUGCUGCGGCCAGAGCACCCAGCAGCCAUGCGGGUCCCUGCAAGCCGCCCUGAACAGCGCUUCAGAAGGAGCCACCAUCCACGUCGCAUCAGGCACCUACACGCACUCCUCCCCGGCGCCUCUCCUCCUGCCCCACCUGCGCCUCUCCAUCCUCGGUCCCCCACUCCACCUCCCCCCUGCCACUAUUGACUGCUCCCACGGCCCCUGCUUCCAAGCGCUCUGCUCUGGUACUUCGUCUCCGCCCUCCCGUUUGGCUGCGGCUGACCCAUCGGGUGCUGCUGGCACUGGUGAUGCUGUAGCGACAGCUGUAGCAGCAGAAGCAGCAGCAGAAGCAGCAGCAGCAGCAGCAGCAGCAGCAGUAGCAGCAGCAGCGGCGGGGGGGGCGGCAGUGGUGCCAGUGCGUGGGGAGGCAGCAUGCAGGAGCUCUCUGAUAACCAUCUCGCGGCUACAGGUGGUGAACGGGCGCAGUAAGAGCAAGGGCGGCUGCAUGCUCUUUCAAGGGGUCACCGUGGCACUGAGGCAGGGGUGCGGCAUGAUUGAUGAGGCACUGAGGGUCAUAGGGGCACUGAGCCCUUCCACCCUUUGCCCUCCCCUCCCCUUUUUCCUCCCCUUCUUUUCCCCCGUCCUCCACUCCCCCCCACUUCCCUCCCCCCAUACCCCACCAGAGACAUCACCCUCUUUAACUGCCAUGCCUCCCAUUCCCCUCUCUCCCCCCCUCCUUUUACCCAACCCUUCCACCUCCGUUUCCAACUCCCCCCCUGCCUCCACUUACCCCACCAGCGACAUCACCCUCUCCAACUGCCAUGCCUCUGAGUCAGGAGGCGGCAUCCACAUCAGCAGCGCACCACAGCCAGUCACACUGCGCCACUCGUCGAACGGGCAAUAUCCGACUACAUGUCCACAUUCAACGUAUCUUACACGUCUUUUCUCCACUCCUCUCCCCCCCACCACCAGUCGUCAAGUGGCGGGGCGAUAUCCGACUACAUGUCCACCUUCAACGUAUCUCACACGGCCUUCCUCCACUCCUCAGUGGCCUAUCAACCCGCCGAUUUCAUGUCGGGCGCGGGGGGGUGCGUGCACAUCAACACCACUGCUGCCGCCUCCUUUGCUCACUGCCGGCGUCGAUUCGCCCACUGCCCUUCCCCUCUCAUUAGUGGCUGGUUAUAUUCUCCCUCUCCCCUCCCCUUCCUCCCCUCCCCACCACCAGUCGUCAAGUGGCGGGGCAAUAUCCGACUACAUGUCCACGUUCAACGUAUCUCACACGGCCUUCCUCCACUCCUCCGUGGUCUACCAGCCCAUUGAUUUCAUGUCGGGCGCGGGGGGGUGCGUGCACCUCAACACCACUGCUGUCGCCUCCUUUGCUCACUGCCGCUUCGCCCACUGCUCCUCCCCUCUCACCGGUGGCGGGGUGUCAUUCUUUCAAGGGGAAGUGAAGCCGCAGUUUCACAACACCACGUUUGAGUUCAACGAGGCUCUCAUCCAGGGAGGGGGCAUAGAGCUAGUGAUGAUGAACGGCCCGGCGAACGUCACAGACUGCACGUUCCGCAGCAACCGGGUCACCAACGGACCCAGCUUCGGCGCCGCAAUCCUCUCGUUCGGCGUGCCGAUGCGCGUGGAGAGGAGCUACUUCUGGCGCAACGUGGCUAUCAACACGCUGCCUCCGGGGUCGCAGGCAGCCACGUACCUCACUCAGGGCGGGGCUAUUGCUGCCAAUAUGUUCAUGGACGCUACUGUGCCUUAUGACAUCAUCGACUGCACCUUCGUUGAGAACCAGGGCGGGCAAGGCGGGGCUCUGUAUGUGGACACGGGGCAUCUGCAAGUGCUCAAUUGUCUCUUCCUUCGCAACGGAGACCACUCCGAAUGCUCCCUGGGUGGUGCUAGUGAGUCCCACUCCCCUGCCAGUGUGGUGCUAGUGACACGCACACUCCCCAACAACUGCACGUUGAGUCCCUACGCUGCACACCCCUCCCUUGUCCACGCCCCUCCCCCUCGCGCCCCUACACGCAGGCACGGGGGCAGUGCGGGUAGAGAGCAGCACAUUCGUGGGCAACAGGGCAGAGAGGACCAAGGCACAGGAGCAGUGCGGGUGGAAAGCAGCACGUUCGUGGGCAACAGGGCAGAGCAGUCCAAGGGAGGCGCCCUGUACAGCGAGUCGGUGUCUGUCACCUUCGAUAAUGUCACUCUGGACGGAAACAAGGCCGCACUGCAGGGAGGUGCAGUGGCUGUCUAUGCAUCCAGCAGCGACGGCCUGCCCACCGAAGCUCUCUUCAAGUCAUACCGCUUUGUGCGCAACGAGGCGGUACUUGGGGGAGGUGUUAUCUACUCGUGGUGGCACCAACCUUCACUCCCUUGUUCAACCACCCCCUCCCCUUCCCUCUUUGUCUAUGCAUCCAGCAGCGACGGCCUGCCAACCGAAGCUCUCUUCAAGUCCUGCCGGUUCGUGCGCAACGAGGCGGUACUUGGGGGAGGCGCUAUCUACACGGGGCUGGGCAUGCGCACGCGCGUGCACGCGUGUGAGGUGGAGGAAAACAACAGCACCGGGCUGGGUGGUGCUGUGCUCGUGCAGGAAUUCUCAAGAAAUGAGCCAUCCGUCCAUCCAGCUAUCUACACGGGGCUGGGCAUGCGCACGCGCGUGCACGCGUGUGAGGUGGAGGAAAGCAACAGUACGGGGCUGGGCGGGGCUGUGCUCGUGCAGGAGUUCUCACGAGUAGAGAUGACUCGCACGCGGUGUCAGGGGAACAUAGCCCUCACAGGCGGGGCCUGCCUGUCUCUGCUCGCCAACGCGCAUGCCACAGUCACCGACUCAAUCCUUUCAGCCAACCACGGCACCAGCGAGGGGGGGGCAGCGCGUGUCAGCGGCAGCGCGCACCUCUCCCUCCUCUACUCCUCCAUCCUCCAAAACACCGCAGCCUGGGGCGGAGCCGUCUGGGUGGAAAUGGGCGCCUCUCUGCUCAUCUCAAACGACUCAAAGCUGGAAGGGAACGAGGCGAGGUACCUCGGCGGGACGGUGUAUGCGACGCACGUGUCUCGGGUGGAAGUGGGAGGUGGGAGCGUGUUUCGGGGAAACUCGGCCCUGCAUGGAGGGGCUAUGGUUGCAGAGGCAGAGGCGAGAGUCACAGCAGCCGAUUCUACGUUUGAAAACAACACCUUUUCAGGGAUUUUAUUCCAAGGGUUUUCCCAGGGGGUUCUGCGGAACUGUAGCUUCACGCGGAAUUCCAAUGCGGCUGGGCGGGGUGGCGCGGUGCUGGUUGGAGACAAGACGACCGUCGCCGUCCACUCGUGCAGCUUUUCCGGGAACUGGGCGGCGCUGGGCGGCGCGGUGAGCACCGAAGGCAGCCCGUACCUCACAAUCAACGGCUCAGAUUUCACGAGGAACAUCGCGCAGAUCGGCGCAGGGGUUGCCCUAGCAGGCGCCACCGCUUUCACCAUGGGAGAGUCUGUGUUUAUUAAGAAUAAUGCGACAAAGGCGGGAGGGGGAGUGGCUGUACUGGAGCAGGCGGAGGGGGAUAUAUCAGGGUCGAGGUUUGAGGGGAACUAUGCGGUGGUGGGCGGUGCAGGGGUGUACCUGAUGCGAUCUGCUGCUGCUACUGCUGCAGCAGCAGGUGGUAAUAGGCCUCCUAGGGUGCGACUGCAAGGCCUGCUGUUUGACGGCAACAGUGCCAUGGACGCCCAUGGAGUGGCCUUCUUCGAUGCUUCCUACAGCCCCCACCUGCGCUCCGCCUGCCAGGCCUGCCAGAUGGUGCAGCAGGGGGACACGGAAGGCAGCAUGCCGGCGGACUUUUAUCUCAAAUGGCCUGGGGCGGCAAUGUCGUCGCAGGAGACAGGUGGCAGCUUCUCAGUGGUGGGCUCGGUGGGCUCCAUGCUGACGGGGCUGCAGGUGGUGGUGGUGGACGAGUUUGGGAACAUCGUGUCCAAGGACAACUCCGCCCUGGCCCGCGUCUCCCCGGACAGUUUCAUCAACGGGUCGCUACGCGGCAGCACAUCCCAGGGCGGCGUUAUCACAGUGGACAACUCCGCUUUGGCCCGAGUAUCCCCUGACAGUCGUAUCAGCGGGUCGCUACGAGGCACGUCCCAGGGCGGCAUCAUCACAGUGCCGCCCAUUGCCGUCCGCGUGCCCCCGGGCGGCGCGCUACAGCCGAUAGCGCUCACCGUCACCGUCUCCUCCACCACCAACGCCUUCCCGGACUUCUCCCACCCCUUCAACAUUUCCUUCUGCCCGGCCGGGCAGUAUUUUGACGGCGAAACUCUUGAUUUUCCAUCAACUCAAGUCCCCCUUUGCCUCCUCGAUUCCCCUCUUCUCCCUCUCACCUCAGGCCAGGGCAUGGAGACGUGUCCAGACGGCACCUUCACUUUCUUCCCCAACGCUGCUUCUCAAAAGCACCACCACCUGAUCGGUUCCCCCCCGCUCACUCUAAGUCCCUCUUCCCGUCCCCCUUCCUGCCCCCCUCGCAUUACCCCAUCCCUUUCCCCUCCCUCUCCCCUCAGGUGUGCGCCAGGCCAGGGCAUGGAGACGUGUCCAGACCGUGCCUUCACCUUCUUCCCCAAUGCCCCUUCAAUGCAAUCAGGCCAGGGCAUGGAAACGUGUCCAGACGGCACCUUCACUUUCUUCCCCAACGCAGUGUCACAGGAGCAGUGCACGGCGUGUGACGACGACAGCUUGGACUGCCGCUAUGGCACGCUGGAGGUGGGUGUGAAGCAGCAUAGGGCACUCCUCCCUACCAACGCGGUGUUGCAGCAGCAGUGCACGGCGUGUGACGAUGGCAGCUUGGACCUGGACUGCCGCUCCGGCACGCUGCAGAUCUCAUACCAGAACUGGCUGGACCCAGCGUCUCUCAACCGCACGCCCGCCACCUAUGCAUGUCUCCUCACUGUCCGAGGGAUGCUCUGGCACUACCUAUACAAGUCGCUGGUGUAA